UGCUGACACACUUCCGGCCUUUGUGACUCAUUGUGUCUGUGUCGAGGCGUCAGGAGGGCCUGGAGCUGAGCGCGGCGCCCUUCGGCCGGCCUGAGCCCCAGAGUCAACUCCCUUUUCUCGCCCAGCGCCCCCAGCCGCUCCCGGGGCUCACGACGGAUGCUGUCUCUAAAACUCAAUUGAACUUGAUGCUUAAUUUUGAUGGCUGUAGAGGUGAAAACGAUGCCUCACAAAGGAAUAGUACAGAAACGGAUACCAGACAUCUCACAGGACAGAAAGGGGCGCACACGAGCACAGACCCUGUUGGGAUCGAGUCAGGUCCCUGAGCCUGAAUGAUGACUGCUGAGUCGAGGGAAGCCACAGGUCUGUCCCCCCAGGCUGCCCAGGAGAAGGACGGUAUCGUGAUAGUGAAGGUGGAAGAGGAGGAUGAGGAGGAGCACAUGUGGGGGCAGGACGCCAGCCUCCAGGAGUCUCCCCCGCCCGACCCGGAGAUCUUCCGCCAGCGCUUCAGGCACUUCUGUUACCAGAACACGUUCGGGCCUCGAGAGGCCCUGAGUCGACUGAAGGAGCUCUGCCACCAGUGGCUGCGGCCCGAGAUCCACACCAAGGAGCAGAUCCUGGAGCUGCUGGUGCUCGAGCAGUUCCUCUCCAUCCUGCCCCGGGAGCUCCAGGCCUGGCUGCAGGAGUACCGGCCCGACAGCGGGGAGGAGGCUGUGACCCUGCUGGAGGAUCUGGAGCUGGAUUUGUCAGGGCAGCAGGUCCCAGGUCAAGUUCAUGGGCCUGAGAUGCUCGCAAGGGGGAUGGUGCCUCUGGAUCCAGUGCAGGAGUCCUCGAGCUUUGACCUUCCUCAUGAGCCCACCCAGUCCCAUUUCAAACAUUCAUCUCGGAAACCCCGUCUGUUACAACCUCGAGCUCUCCCUGCCACCCACGUUCCUGCCCCUCAUCCUGAGGGGGCUCCCAGAGACCAGGCGAUGGCAUCUGCAUUGUUCUCGGCAGAUUCCCAGGCAAUGGUGAAGAUCGAGGACAUGGCCGUGUCCCUCAUCCUGGAGGAAUGGGGAUGUCAGAACCUGGCUCGGAGGAAUCUCAAUAGGGACGCCAGGCAGGAGAAUUAUGGGAACGUGAUUUCCCAGGGUUGUGAAAACAGGAAUGAGACUGAGGAGUCCACCUCAAAGGCUGAAAGUGCAGAAGACUCAGCAUCACGUGGGGAGACCGCAGGAAAAUUCCAGAAAGAUGUCGGAGAAAAGCGUGAACAGCAGGGCAGAGUGGUAGAAAGGCAGCAGAGAAACCCUGAGGAGAAAGCUGGAAAAGAAAAGAGAGACUCGGGGCCAGCUACAGUCAAGGAGAAAAAACCCAGCACAGGAGAGCGAGGCCCGAGGGAGAAGGGGAAGGGUCUGGGAAGAAGCUUCAGUCUGAGCUCCAACUUCACCACCACCGAGGAAGUUCCCACGGGAACCAAGUCCCACAGAUGUGAUGAAUGUGGAAAAUGCUUCACACGGAGUUCAAGCCUUAUUCGCCAUAAAAUAAUCCACACUGGAGAGAAGCCCUAUGAAUGUAGUGAGUGUGGGAAAGCCUUCAGUCUUAACUCAAACCUCGUCCUGCAUCAGCGCAUCCACACAGGAGAGAAGCCUCAUGAAUGUAACGAGUGUGGCAAAGCCUUCAGUCACAGUUCAAAUCUCAUUCUGCAUCAGCGAAUCCACUCUGGGGAGAAACCCUAUGAAUGUAACGAGUGUGGGAAGGCCUUCAGCCAGAGCUCAGACCUCACUAAGCAUCAGAGAAUCCACACGGGGGAAAAACCCUACGAAUGUAGUGAGUGCGGAAAAGCUUUCAACCGAAACUCAUACCUUAUUUUGCACCGGAGAAUUCACACCCGAGAAAAGCCCUAUAAGUGCACGAAGUGUGGCAAAGCCUUCACCCGGAGCUCGACCCUCACUCUGCAUCACAGAAUCCACACCAGAGAGCGAGCCUCAGAGUACAGCCCGGCCUCCCUCGACGCGUUCGGAGCAUUCCUGAAAAGCUGUGUGUAAAGCGUUUGUCAAGCCAUUUCCCCCUUUCGUUUCUAAAAUGAUUUCAGAGAUUUGUGCCCAUGGAGCAGAAAAAAAAAAGCCUAAACAGGUUAUAAAGAAAAUCACACUCAAGGAUCGUUCCAGCUACAUCAGCAGUGUUCUGCCUUUGUGUAGUCCGUGGGCCGGUAGUUCUUCCAAAGCCCCUGUAGGGAAAUGCUCAACUUAGGAUGUAAUCCACAUGCUACUUCUACACAGGAUAGAAGCACACACACGGGAAAACAGCAAGGCUUUCAGUAAUGAGGGUACCUCUAAGGCACUCUUGGACUCUCCACAGCCACACCAUAUAAUUGAAAGACUGAGAUCGUGUCUGUGAAAACGACACCGAUGUCCAAAACCUGCUUGCCACAGGCAAACCCUACUUGGCCAACAUCUUGCUGAACAUUAUUUCUCAAAAAAGAGGGACAGUUCGAACAAACUACAUGGAGACCUGCUGCUCAAACUAAUUACAUAGAUAUGGUAAGUUCUGUCCGGGUAAUGGUAGCCUACCAAAGCUGUAGAAAUCUAGGACUGCGCUCAUCCAUAUCAAACCAAAGAUUUCAGUCUCUUCCUGAAAGGGAGAGUACACGUGCACCAGGCAGCAGUCCCAAAGGUAGGUGGUCUGUCCUCCUCACUGAGACAAAUCCUGCUGAAAUGGCAACUGUGAUUCAAAACUUCUCUCCCUUUGUGAGAUCCCUGAGUUCCUAAAGCGCUGUCGCACUCCUCAGCACAUCUCUCCAUGAGUGAGCACUUGAUUGCAUACUGUCUGUGAUCCUUCCUUGUUCCAUGUGUGAAAGUUUCCAUCACUCCCCAGAAGAGACGCUUCUCCUGUCAGGGAUAUAUUUAUAUUUAUAUCCUGGACAGUCCUAGACGCAGUGCUGAACAUGUAAGAAGUGCUCCUUAGGCCUGACUUCUAGCAGGGCUUUGACAUUCACCACAGGGCCCGUGAGUCAGGAGGACCUGAAAUACAGUAGCCCAGGCCAGCUUGUGAGACCCUCAGGGCCAAGGGCAUUGCUAGAGCUCCAGAGUCUCAUGUUUGUUUUUGUCUUGAAGAUAAAACAAACGUGUCAGUCCACCACCGGCAUAGACUCUUAUCUAGACCCAGAUCAGAGAGCGAGUACCAGGGAAUGUCAGAAGUGACUUUGUUGUCAUCAUCUUACAAAAGACACUUAGGCUAUUGUUGGACAUCCGUUUAUGGCAAAGAUGUUCACCAGAAUCUGUCAGUCAACUGCUGGACACCGUGAUGAUUGGAGCACUUUCUGAAUCAUGUGGAACGUUAAACAAUAAAGUUCAGAAGAUGUGAUUUCUGUUGCUUUUCAGAAAAAGGAACACUUUUCCCCCACCCCUUCCAGAAACUGAAAAAGCAUUUGACACCAUUAUCUGGCAGUUACUAAACAUGUCUGUUGCUCCGAGAAACUCACCAGCCUACUGAAAUGUAGGUGGGUAUGUCGCAGUCAUUCUGCACGGUGUCUUUUCUGUUUCUCGUCACUAAAGACGGGUGAGGCUGUGAAGCUUUGAUCUUUCCCACCAUCUGUGCAGGAGGUUGCACUCCCUUCUAGAAGCUCAUAACAGACCAUUUCUGGAUACACACACACGAGCCCCAAGCAGCGUGGGCUACAUAGGAAGUCCUCAGGGCUUCAGGUGGGGGUGACUGCUCAUGCAGGAACUUAGAAACAGACUAAGAACACACCUGAAGACUAGCCUCCUGAUAGGAGACUCCCCACCCCCCUGCCACGUAGAGUUUGAGAUUUUCCGUCAAGAACUAAAACUCAUCCGUCACUUGUUCGUCAACCAACAGCCCAAGCUUGUGAGACAGGGUCAGCUUCAUGGGGAGCCAUGGAGGUGGGGCAGCUGUAGCCUCAACUCCAGGCCAGGCAGCACUAAUCCUCUGGCCUCUGUAACUUGGACCCGCCCCCAGCCUCCCUGCAGCUCCUAAGCAGCUGCAUCAGUGUUGCUUGGGGGAGUUUCACCGAGGUCAGCUGGUGACCAGAGUAGUCUAUCCAACCAGAUUAAGAAAAGGAGUGAUACUCCAGAAGGGCAAACCUGACUACCUUUUGAUAGAAAAGGGAAGGUAGAAGAAACUGCUUUGAGGAAUUUUCUUCAGAGUAAGACAAGGAUGGUCAAGUAGAAAACUUGGUGCGUUUGAGCAAAGACGUCCGCUGCCAGGGAGCUACUGAAAGCAGUGAGGUGCUUAACUCAAGACACUGAUCAAAGCGCCACCUGUUCUGAAGAGUCAAAGAACGAUGGCUGGGUCCACAUUGGCCUUUUUGAGCCACAACUCCAUGCCAACAUAAUUCUACCAUCAUUUCUUUUUGUGGAAAUUAUAACCUGUUCCCCCAUAUGUAAUUCCCAUUUUCCUGGGAUAUUGUACAGACUGUGGGACAGCUGUGGGGAUUGUUCCAGGUCUUCUGCAGAUGGACUCCUUGAAAUAGCUGUUUGAAGACAUCAUUUCUGAAGAAAACAGGCUACUGCUGUUUAUUAAAACUAUUCGCAUUGCAUCCAUUGAUCAGCUGCUCAGUAAUUGGGUCAUGGUCCAAAAGGCUGACAACAUCUAAAGUAGCGCUUGGGAUUGAAAGUCCUCGACUGGCUGAAGUCUGUUAACAGUUCAAGGGCUCUAGUUAAUUGGUGGCAUGCUAGCUGACCCAGUGGACAUUUUUGAGAGGUUUUUAAAAAUAUACCUUAACCUUGCCAGGAAGAGAAGUAAAAUUCUUCAGGUUGCAGGGCAUUUAUUUCUGCUUCAUCCUGGCAGGCAAGGCUAAAGCCUAAGACUGCAGAUGUAUAAGGCAUCUUGAUAUGUUAGGGCACUUAGUAUUUUAAAGUGAAACUGUGCUAAAGAUGUACAGACAGGUUGACCCUUUUGAGAGGUAAGAAUUCGCAUCUUACCUGGCAUCAGAAAAUUCAUUCCAGGAAGGAACCUCUUAAAUGUGAUAAAUAUGGCAAAGCCUUUAAUCACAUUUCAGCUCUUAGCAUCAGAAAGCUCACUGUAAAUAAACAUUGUUAAUAUUAUAUGUGAGGAAAACUUUCCAUGUAUAGCACUCAUUGCUUUGGACAGAAAAGGAAUUCCUUCAGUAUGUUCCAGUCGUGUAAUGAAUUUCAGAAACACUGUGGAGAAAGCUCAAUCUUAACUGCAGAGGAUCCACAGAAGGAAAAAAAGGGGAAAUGCUAAAGAAAUAGCAAAAUGUACAAUUUCUGACAAAAAUUGUUAAUGUUGGGUACUUCUAUAUAUUUUGUAUGAUCGUAAUGUCAGUGUCUGUGUUUUGUACCUCCAGCCCCUGUUACUCUGUAUACACCCUGUGCCAGAUAAUGUAUUUUUAUUUUAAUCUAUUUGACAGAACACAUCACUCCAAAAGAGCAGUGUUUUGGAGUGAGUAGUGAAAUUGACAUAGACAAAAAGUCAAUUCACAGAACUGAGGAGAGGGAAAAAAAAAACACACUGCAUAGUUUGGUGCUUAUCAAGUCAAGAGCUUAGGAAUGAGUAGAUUUCGUUAGGAGGGACAGGUGAAUAGGGAACUAAAAUGGAACAGUUCGCUAUAGACACCUGCAGGUUCCACAGCCAGGAACUCGACGCUUAGCUGUCAGAUCACCGAUUCAAGCAAGGAGAAUGGGUUCUCUGAGCUUGUCGGGGGCGGAAGAAGGUCUGCUCCAUGAAUUGAGAGUAGGGAGUGGACUGGGAAGGCUAGGGGGACCACUUACUAUCUUGACCUGGACCAAUGGUGUAAAGCAUCAUCCUGCUUCCCCCACUAACUCUUUCAUCUCUGUGUUGAGAAAACAUGGGGUAGGAAAACACGAAGAUGGACUUUUCCCUGGAAAAUAGACACAGGUGCAUCCAGGCCCUGGCAUUGCAGUGUUCCCUCUAUACCUCCCCUGAUCCCACUCACCUCCCCUGGCUUGUGAUGAUUAGAGAGGGCUUGAGAAGAUUCACAGCUGAGAAAGAACUUUUUUCUCUUUAUCCUAGAGUUGAUCACCUUUUAUUGCAGGGUCUGGUUGUCCUACGUAUUCAUCUAAAGCUAGCUAACCAGGUUCAUCCUACCACCGUCAUGGAAGAAUCAUCGUGUAAAUUGGUGUAACAGAAUUAACACGUAAUCAGACAGUGACAGCAAUACCUGCCAGAGAAGCCAUGUGUUUGUGGUCCCACUCUGUGCAGUUGCUCAGAAAUAGUGAUGAGGGGGCCAUGGUGCCUGAACUGGGAAACCAAAUGCAGGUCUGCAGAUUGCAAAGCAAAAUGUAGAAUCAGAGAAAAGGAAAGUAAGUGGUAUAAAUAGAUGUUUUUGUAGAAGUUAGAGUAGAUUUUCAUUUCAGCUACUGCUGGAGAAUAUAAUAGAAAGCAUUGUUUAAAAAGUUUCUCUAACAUUUGGGUUUCAUUCCUGGGAUGGACACACUACUGUACAUUGAAAAGUAGUUACUUAUUUUGCUAUUCAAAUUAAUUUUUUAUUAUAUCUAAAACUGAAAUUAUCUUUUACUUUUCAGAGCUUUGUAAAAACAAACUUGAAGUUAUAGGGAGGUAAGCCAUCUCCGAUUCUGCAGGUCAAACAAGUUUGGGAAAUAUUUUAGACAUCACAUAAGAAUGUCUUAACAUGAGAACUUAGUUUCAUAUUGUCUGGUUCUGUUUAAUAGUGGUUACCACAAACCUCAUGUUCUUCUCUUAUUCUGAAACUGUGGAAGGUAAAGAGUGGACAUUAGAUUGACUUCUGAACAAUGGUCUGUUAUUUAACAGGUUUUUCUUUUAAUUGUUGAAUUUCUCACCUCCAUUUACUAAAGAAUCAUGACUCACUUCAAAUUGCACAGCAAUCAGCAAAGUUAAUUGGUCCUAAAUUAAAUUUUCUCCCUUCAGCAAGCACUCAUUAAGCAGUCAGGCUGAGUGUGUUAAGAUGCAAAGAGUAAGUUUGUGAGGUAUUGAAAGGUGAUGCUGAAACUGGGAUUUCACUCUAGCAUCAGAUGUGGGUUUCAAGUUCCUUUGGUCCAGGGAACGGACUGGGCAGCCACAGGUGCCCCCAAGUUGUUUUUGGUUAGUCUCCCAACAAGGUCAGAUGCGCCAUGAAGGAGAGUAGGGAGGAGGGUUGCGGAAGCCAGACUCCAGCUGCUUAAGAGUAACAGGGGAGCCUGGGGGAGGGAGAGGAGAGAGACCGGCCAUGAGUUGUGGACCAGUACUUGCCCACUGCCCCGCCCGAGCAAGGACAAAGCAUAUUAGAGAUGCUUCUGGUUGUAGGGGUUCUGUGAAAACAGAUAUGUGAGGGGGGUGGGUGGGAGGAAACGGGUUGUGAUGAUACAGGAAAAUUUGUGAGUUUAGGGGCAAAGGGUGGGAUAUGCAGGCAAAAUUCGCAAUUAUUUUAAAAUGAACAUAUGUAUUUUUAUUAGCUUUUAGUUAAAUAGAGAUUAUUACACCCAGGUCAACACGAUAAGCCUAAAUCUAUAAUAGAGAACUAACUCAGGCAUUGUCUUGUUUAUCUGUAGACUGGAUAAAAUAAACCUUUCCUGUUUUGUCAGUUCCUGGUUUCUUCCUUUAGAAUCAAUUAGACCAAAAGAAGAAACUCACUUGUCUUUGUACACCCCCAGAGUUAAGUUACUGCUGUUCAAGCCUGGCCUUUUCAUUUGGUCUUUGAAGAGUCCAGGUGCUUGGUAGAUGUUCAGUAAAUGAUUUUUUAAGUGAACUUGUUUAUUUAAAAUCCUCAUUAACAUUUCUGGAAAGGCUUCUUUCGGUAAGUAAUGGGAUCUUAGAGGGAAAGUGGUUUUUUUGUUGUUGUCAAAGCUAGGAAACUCCUCCAUUGAAAAGUCUUUUGAAACCUUGACCAAGAGCUAAAAGUUUCAAUCAUGAGAAAUAGCAGGAAAAUGAAACUGAUAUGCACUUAUAGUCAAUGGUCCAUUUUGGGAGGCCGGUGCUGUCUGACAGAGAAAUGUUAGAGUAGUGAGGUCGGCGAAGGAGAUGGUGGGGAUUUGUAAUAAAUAUUUUCUUUGUGUUCUCUUCCAACCUUGGUAAAACAAUAAAUUAUCAUCUCUAGGUGGCAA